CCUCACUUUCAGCUCUGUGAAUGGAUACUGAUUAACUCAAGGCAAUCAAAAUAAUCACCCUAGUGGCUGGUUUAGGAAUAGCACACAUUGCAAGGUAAUCCAGUGAAUCCCCUCCCCUUGUUCUCCAAUGAAUCCGGGAGCUAAUCUCCCUCUCCCAAAGAAUGUGAACAGAGAAGUAUGUAGCCUGCCUGCUACUAAUAGUCAUUCUAUCACCAUGUGGGGAACUAGCUUUAGAACUGCAGAAACACCAUGGGGUAGGACAAUGGAAAGAAUCUGGUUUCUUAAGGGUAUUGUUGAGCCACUGAAUCAACUAUUCCUGAAGCAUAUUCUACUCUGAAUUUUUAAUCAAAACUAGUAAGUUUUCUCAUUUAAGUCUGACUUAGUCAUGACCGAUAUAAAAUAGUAUAUUUUUAAUUGACCUAACCUUAUUGGGAUUCAGUCGUCUAAGGAAAGAAGCUAACGUUUUUAGAGCACAGUUCCGUGAGUUUUGUUUGUUUUAGAUUCCAUUUAUGAGUAGAAUCACAUGGUAUUUGCCUUUCUCACUCUGACUUAUUUCACCUAGCAUAAUACCUUCUAGGUCCAUCCAUGUGGUCUCAAAUGGUAUGAUCUCAUUUUUUUAAUGGCUGCAUAAUAUUCCAGCGUGUGUGUAUGCCACAUUGUCCCUAUCCAUUCAUCUAUCAAUGGGCAGUUGGGCUGCUUCCAUAAUGUGGCUAUUGUAAACAAUGCUGCAGUAAGCAUAGGGGUGCGUAUAUCCCUUCAAAUUAGUGUUUUUGUUUUCUUUGGCUAAAUACUUUGUGGUGGAAUUACUGGAUCAUAUGAUAUUUCUGAGUUUAAAAUUAUUGAGGAACUGGCAUACUUUUUUCCACAGUGGCUGUAGGAAUUUACAUUUCCACCAACAGUGCAUGAGUGUUCCUUUUUCUCCACAUUCUCAUCAACGCUUGUUAUUUCUUGUCUCGUCGAGUCCAGCCAUUCUGAGAGGUGUAAGGUGGUAUCUCAUUGUGGUGUUGAUUUGCAUUUCCCUGAUGAUGAGUAAUGUUGAACAUCUUUUGAUGUGUCUGUUGGCCAAGGGAAAUUAAUUUUCAAUAAAAAGAUGCAAUUUUGGGGGUGCCUGGGUAGCUCAGUUGGUUAAGCGUCUGACUAUUUCGGCUCAAAAAUUAAAAAAAAAAUUUUUUUAAGUAUAUAAUUUGAGGCGCCUGAAUGGCUUGGUUGGUUGAGCAUCCUACUUUGGCUUGGGUCAUGAUCCCGCAGUUUGAGAGUUCAAGCCCCACAUCCAGCUUACUGCUUGCUGUCAGCUCUGAGCCCAAUUCGGAUCUUCUGUUCCUCUUUGUCUCUGCCCCCCUCCCUUGCUUGCACUCUCUCAAAAAUAAAUAAACCUUUAAAAAAAUAAAAAGUAUGCAAUUUUUGUUACUGCAUUUAUGAAAAAAUUCAUUUUUUAAUUUUUUAAAGUUUAUUUAUUUUGGGAGAGAGAGAGAGAGAAAGCACGCAUGUGAGUAGGGGAGAGGCAGAGAGAGAGGGAAAGAGAGGGAGACAGAGAAUCCCCAGCAACUGACAAUGCAGAGCCUGCAGGGCUUGAACUCAUGAACAGUGAGAUCAUCACUUGAACUGAGAACAGUAAGAUCAUCACCUGAGCUGAAACCAAGAGUCCGAUGCUUAAUUGGCUGAGCCACCCAGGCGCCCCUAUGAAAAAAUUCUUUAAGUGGAUCUGAAGUUUUCAUCAGAACUUCAAAUGGGUUAGUGGCCCAGAAGAGUUUCAUCAUUGUUUAUCUGGUUGAUUUCAACUUCCCAACAUCUUAUCUUCACGACUACAGUCCUCUGAUAAGGGCUAAAGAAAAACAAAAUCAUUGAAGGUUACACAAAUAAACUGUUCUCCUUCUGGUAAUGGGGAACUAUUUUGUUGUAGACCAACCCUUGUAACAACAACACCAAUAACAACACUAGCAAGAGGAAGUUGGUUUCAAAGCAUUGGGGAGUUAUCAUGGCACUGAAGAUUUGAGGCACAUGAAGGUAACAACAUAACCAUGAACAUGAUGGAUCCAUGUUCAUGGAUCCAUGAACAGUGAUCAGCCAUUCUUCUUCUAAUUUCUUGGAAUUAGGUAAUCCCUAGAAUCUUGAGGUAAUCCCAAAGAUCAUCUGAAGAAUGACUUAUAUGAAAUUUCUUAUCAUCCAGUGGUAUUAUAGGAAACAACAAUAAUAAUCUCUUAAGUUGAAAAUAAUGAGAUGCUCUAUAUUUUGUAUUGUGAGUCUGUAGAUCAAAAAUAUCUUAAACACAUUUGUGUGGGAAAAUAUCGGAGUCUAAAUAUCUCUUAGAAGGUAGUGCUUGCCUCCACCUAUUGAUUAAGUUGUCUUUAUCUAAAUUCUUAAACAGGAGAAUCAAACUGGGUCUGCUUAGUUCAAUCAUGGACAGUAAUUUCAAAAGGGCAACACAGUGCUGUUUUCUUAAAAGCAUUUGUUUCAAAUUGCUGAUUCACUCCUGAUGUCCCCUUCAAAAGAGUUCAAGUCAAAAGGACAAUAUGCAUUUUGACUCUAAUAGUAUGUGAUUUUAUUUUCAAUCCAUACAAGUUAUUAUCUUUUCCAUUGCUAGUUUUUGCAUGACUCCCUUAUUAGACUCAAAUAUCCCAUAUUUGUCUGUACAUCUGACCUGAACCUACAAGUCUCCUUUUGAUCUAAUCUCCCAUUCUCCCUAUUAAUUUUCAUUUUGUUUUUUGUUUUGAUCCUGUUUGCCUUUGCUCAUAUCAUCUCAGCACUCUAUUCAAAGUCUUGCUACUGUAAUCUAGAAAUGUAUAAGGAAUGAAAAGAACAAAAGAAAAUGGAGCACAGGGUUGCCAGUGGUCAAGAGCAGAAAGUGACUUAGGGAGCACAUACUGGAGAUGGGCAAUGAGCAAAUAGGUCUUUAAAUUGAUUUUCCUAUAUAUAAAGUUUACAAAUUUUCUUUGGACCAUCUCAUACCUUGGGUUUGAGUUUCUUUAUCUCUGAGGGGAACUGGAGGCAGAAGCAUAUGUUUUAUAACCACUUCUUUCCCUCUUACGACUUGUUGUAUCUCUCUAACCAACCCCAGGGAGAAUUUUCUGGGCUUUUACUACUGUUCUCAAUAUCUAUUUUAUCAUUCACUGUAACUAUGCCAUCACUUUAAAAGCUUGUUGAGUACAGUAUGCACCUAUUCAUAUUAGGAUUUUUUUUUUUUGUAUUCAAGACUGCUCACUUGAGAAUGUGGAGAUAUUUGUGAUAUUAAUAAAGAGAAAGGUCUACAUUCUAGAGACUGUAUGUUUUGAAGGAUCCCCAAGCUCCUGAGUAAUUAGAAGAAAUUAAUGAAGGCUGUCUUUGAUGUUAUACCACUUCAAGCUCCCCCUUACCUACUCAGGGAGAUAAUAAAGAUGACUAACCUAUGCCCAAUAUUGGUCUUGAUGCAAUAAGAAUGUUUCAUCGCUUUGCAGAUAGAUUCCAGAAUCUUCCAUUUUGCAAUCAUAUUCCUGAGCAAUGUCUGUAGAUCUUUAUGUAAUUUCUAUAUUAACCCUUAUUAUUGAAGCCAUAUCUAGUCAAUCAGACUUUUGCUUACUUCUAAGACCCUCUUCAAUACAUGGAUUAAAAUUUACAUAAAAUCAAAUUUGGCUUGGGAGCACUUAAAUUAAGGCCUACAAAUAAAUUUCUUUUAGGGCAUAUGAAAUUUUCUAUUUUGCACACCAGAAUAGGAAUCCGAAAUCUUAUGUCAGGAAUUGACACAUAAUCUGAAAUUCAUGUCAAAGUUCCAAUGAGCAGUUUGGGAUAUGUUUCUCAAUUUCCUCUUAUUUCUCCUAGUAUUUUUAAAAUAACUUGAAACUUAUCCAAACCACAACUUCUUCUUCAAGAUACAGUUUUUACCAGAAGUCCCUUAGCCUCAAAAGAGUGUUUAGCAGUUUGUGUCUGAGCUCUGACCUCUUUGACUGAAGCAGAGCUCUGGUGACAUCUUCAGAGCAAGUGGUGAAAAAGAGCCUCCUGAAUCUUCUGAAUACAGAAGAUAAUGGUACGAGAAGGGCAACCUCAAGAUAGAGAGAAAGCAGUAUGGCGGUCCCAAGUAAGAUUCUGGUCUGUUGCUGUGAUUUCCAUAGCACUCCUCAGUGCUUGUUUCAUUGUGAGCUGUGUGGUGACUUACCAUCUUACAUAUGGCAAAACUGGCCAAAGGCUGUCUGAACUACACACACACCACUCAGGUUUAACCUGCUUCAGUGAAGGGACAAGCAUGAGAGGGAAUGUCUGGGCAUGUUGCCCAUGUGCUUGGAAGUCAUUUGGUUCCAGCUGCUACUUCAUUUCUACUGAGCAGAAUUUUUGGUCAAAGAGUGAACAGAACUGUGUUGCAAUGGGUGCUCACUUGGUGGUGAUCAACACAGAAGCAGAGCAGAAUUUCCUUGUCCAGCAACUGAAUGAAUCAUUGUCUUAUUUUCUGGGACUCUCAGAUACACAAGGGAAUGACAAUUGGCAAUGGAUUGAUCAGACACCUUACAAGGAAAAUGUCAGAUUAUGGCACCAGAAUGAGCCCAAUUUUUCUGCAGAGGAAUGUGCUUCAAUAGUUUUCUGGGAAAACAGAGGAUGGGGCUGGAAUGAUGUUUUCUGUGAUACUAAGAGAAACUCAAUAUGUGAGAUGAAGAAGAUUUAUCUCUGAAUGGAACUUUAUUCACUGACACCUUUAAAGUUAAGACCUAUCAUAAAAUGAUAAUUUCCUCUUACGCUUAUGUAUAAUCUUUGUCACAGAGGUUCGUGGAAGUAUUCAGAUACCCUUCUGCCUUCAAUCAUCCCUCUUUUAGUUUCCUCUUUUUCACUAAUGAUAAGAUGAACUCUUCCUUCGUUUUCUCUUUAAUUGGUUCUUCAUUCUUUCCUUUCUUCAUAUUUCUUUUUGCAAACACUCCUUGUGCCAGAGACUGUACUAUUUUGUCUGUUAGAAGACUCAUAAGGAAGUAACUUUUGAAAAUUAUAAAUUUCUUUCACCAAAAUGCCACUUAAAAGCCCUUUUGGCCAAGAUGGUGACUGGGACUGCAGUCAUUGGAAUCCCUGGCAAGAGCUGAAGGAUUUGCUUCCUAGAAAGUUCACUCACAUGGCAAUUUCAUAUUAGCUAUUGGUAGAAAGCCUCAGUGCCUCACUACAGGGAUCUCUCCUUGGGGUUAUUUGAGUGUCCUCACAAUAUGUUGGCUGGCUUCCACCAGAGCAAGUAAUCCAAGAGAGCAACUGAGAGCAGCAAUGUCUUUUGUGAUCUAGCUUCAAAAGCCAAACACCAUAAUUCCAUUGAUCACACAGACCAAACCUGAUAUAAUAAAGAAGAGGGCUGGGGCACGUGGGUGGCUCAGUUGGGUGAGUGUCCAACCGGCUCAGAUCAUGAUCUCACAGGUCGUGAGUUCAGGCCCACCUUGGGCUCUGUGCUGAUAGCUUGGAGCCUGGCGCCUGCUUCAGAUUCUGUGUCUCCCCCUCUCUCUGUCCCUCCCCUACUCAUGCUCUGUCUCUCUCUCUCUCUCCAAAAUAAAUAAACAUUAAAAAAAUUUUUUUUAAAUAAAUAAGAGGACUAUCCAAAGGUAUGAACACCAGAAGGUGAGAAUCAUUGAGGACAAUCUUGGAGUCUGGCUGCCAGAGUGGAAUUUCCUUAUAAAGAUACAAAAUGUGUAUUCCAAGAAGCAAAAUAAUUAAAAAUUCUUCUACAAUAAAAAUAUGAAACUCAUGUUCAUCAAAACACUAUAAAGAAAAAUUUUAAAAGUUGAACUGCAAGAAGAUAUUUUAUUUUAUUUUUUUAAAGAUUUAAUUUUUUUAAGUAAUCUCCACACCCAAUGGAGCUCGAACUCACAACCCUGAGAUCAAGAGUUGCAUGCUCUACCAACUGACCCAGUCAGGUGCCCUGAAGAUAUUUUAAAUACUUGUAACUAAUAUAGUAUUAAUACUGCAUAAGAACAUAUAAACAACUGUCACAAAUCAAUUAGAAAAGACAGAAUUUGGGCAAAAUAUUUAAACAUUUUACAGGGGCGCCUGGGUGGCUCAGUCGGUUGAGCGUCCGACUUCGGCUCAGGUCAUGAUCUCACAGUUCGUGAGUUCAGCCCUGCAUCAGUCCUGCGCUGACAGCUCAGAGCCUGUAGCCUGCUUUGGAUUCUGUGUCUCCCUCUCUCUCUGCCCCCCCCCCCCACUUGUGCUCUGUCUCUCAAAAAUAAAUAAAUUGUUAAAAAAAUAAAAAAAAAACAUUUUACAGAAGAGGAAAUACAGAAUCCAAUAAAUGUGUUUUUAUAGAGAUGCUCGGCUCUACUAAUAAUUUGAAAACUGUCAAUCCAGACCACAAUAAUAUACUAUUUCAUAUCCAUUUUAAUGGCUAACGUUAAGAAACAUAACACCAAGAGUUGGAAGAGAUGUAGGUAAAUGGUGAGCUUAUACUGUUACCACCAUAUCGGAAAAUAAAUAAAUCUACAUUUUUCCUAUGAAACAUCACCUAACAAAUGCUGUGUGGAGCGAGAUCUAAGUCUAUGAAAUGUGGGUACUGGGAUGAAGAGUUAUGCUAUGGGGAUAACUUUAACUAGGGAAACCUUCUGCAUUGUAUGCUUAUGUUAUUUAGGCACGUAUCUGGUAAAAGUGAAAACAAAACAAGGAUUAGAUAAACAUAACUCUCAAUGUAAUGGUUACAAUUGGAUGGUAGGCCGGGAUUGGGAGGAACACAUAGGCACAUAAUAGAGUUCCAGGUUUUGUGUUGGGCAGUGGUGUUUAUAUAAUAAACAUCAAACAGGGGCACCUGGGUGGCUGGAUUGGGUAAGUGUCCAACUCUUGGUUUCUGCUCAGGCCACGAUCUCAUGGUUCGUGAGUUCAAGCCUCACAUUGGGCUCUGUGCUGACAGUGCAAAGACUGCUUGGGAUUCUCUCCCCCUCUCUCUGCCCCUCCCCUGCUCGCUCUCUCUCUCUCUCUCUCUCAAAAUAAAUAAAUAAACUUAAAAAAAUUAAGAAAAAAACACGCAAAAAAACACAACAAAAUAAAGCAAGAAUAUCAAGAAGGUAGUGUAUUAUGAAUCUCCAAUUAUGAUUAAAACAUUUUUGUGGACCCAAAGUCCAAAUAUAAAAAUAAUGAAAGUCUAGAUUAAUGAAAGUUGGGAGUUCUUGACUGAUACCUUUGAAUUCAGGAUCACUUUGAAGCAGCAGUGGUCCCAGAUUCCAGAAGCUCUUGCUGCCAUGCCACUGUCACCACAAUUGUCUCUCCACCCACAAGAGGCCAGACACUGGAAUCCUCGAUCUGCCCCUACCAAUCACAUCUGGAAACGCAUCACUUAUGACCUUGAUUAUCGGCAGAAACAUCCGCAGGAAAAUCUCUCCUGCUUUAUGUUUACUUCCAAGUCUCACACUGUUUCAUCUAAUUGGUGGUGAAAAAUUUUCGUGAAGACAAUAGUUGGAAGGGAAUCUGAAUAAUGUAGUUCAUAGCUUUGGGUAAGUUUACCUGUACUGUAGUGUUUAAGUCUGUUUGGGCUGCCAGAGACUGGGUAGCUUAUAAACGGUGGAGGUUUAUUUCCCACUGUUCUGGAGGCUGGGCAGUCCAAGGUAAGGCACCAGCAUGAUCACAUUUUGGUGAGAGCCCUCCUCCUAGUUCAUAGCCUGCACCUUAUCACUGUCUUCACGUGGUGGAAGACAUGUGAAGUCUCUCGAGAGCCUCUUUUAUAAAGCAUUCAUCCCAUGCAAGAGGACUCCAUUCUCAAUACCUAAGCACUUCCCAAAAGUCUCAUCUUCUAAUACCGUAUGUAUUUCAACCUAUACAUUUUGUGGAGACACAAACAUUCAGACCGUAGCAGGUAGGUAAAUGUUUCUUAGAUGUUUGGUGUAGGUUUAUCCAUAAAGUUCUCCGGGCUUGCUGCCUAUUUAAGACUGUUUAUUUGGACUACAUUUUCCCCCUACGAUUUUUAGGCUUGAUCAAUUUAAUUUCUAUUUUCUAGAAAAUCAUUUAUCUCACCUUAAUUUUUUUUUUUUUUUUUUUUUUGAGCAGAGAACAUGCUUUAUUGAGGAAUAGAUAGGGAACGGCGCUGUCUACCACAUGUGGGGAAGGGUUAGCUUCGGUAAAGUUCCUUUACCCUUAAGAAAACCCCCAGUUGGGGCGCCUGGGUGGCUCAGUCCAUUAAGCGUCCGACUUCAGCUCAGGUCACGAUCUCGCGGUCCGUGAGUUUGAGCCCCGCGUCAAGCUCUGGGCUGAUGGCCCAGAACCUGGAGCCUGCUUCCGAAUCUGUGUCUCCCUCUCUCUCUGCCCCUCCCCCGUUCAUGCUCUGUCUCUCUCUGUCUCAAAAAUAAAUAAACGUUAAAAAAAAAAAUUAAAAAAAAAAAA